AUGCUGAGGAGGGCAACUCGGGAGCUGGGACGAGGGUGGCAGUUGUCGCAUCAUGUGUUGAUCCAAGCCAAGACUCUCGAUUCAACCCAGAACCGGCGGUAUGUGUCUAACGACGAAAAUAUCGAUGGCCUCGAGGCAGUGAUCCGUGACGGCCGUCGAGACGACGACAAAUUGAACCGUCCGCGCAACCACCAGCGAAAGCAGAAAAUACCGAAAGUGCACGAAUGGAGGAGAAAAAAGAUCGAAGAAGACCAGCUCCAGGCCUCGCAAAAUGUUCACAGCCCCGAUGCUAGCGGAAAUGUGAGACGAGACCACCGUCGAACCUACGAGUACAAGCCAACUGGUCUGCGCGAGCCCAUCGAGCGAAAACUACAUAUGCAAAAACGAUGGGUGGAUGAGAGUCCUGCAGCCUUGCUCCGCAAAUAUCUUGUUGAAGAUCCACCGCCCAAAGAGAUGCAAUUGAAGGCUGCUGGUAUGCGAAGUUUGCGCCUCCCGAUCAUUCUUAUCCAAAUGCAUCUCAAGCGGCAGUUCGAAGCCGAUAGGAACAACAACCUGGAUAUCGGUAAAGCACUCCCUGUGCCGCAACAAUGGAAAUCAUUGAUGGAGCUUCUGGAGCAUAACGGGCAUACUGAGGUGGAGUUGAGCCUUUACCACGACAUCCUUUUUGCUAGAACAGAUGAAGAGAGGUGCAAACUGUUUCUUGCAGAUCAAUCUCCGAAACCCAUCUUUAUUCUUCAGUACCUACUGAGACUCGGAUCGGGCAUCAGGAAAGUCUCAACAUUAGAAGGUUUAAUGGAGUAUGUCAAGAGACGGUUACGUACCACGGCCGACAAGACACGGCCGACCUCAUAUGAUGAAGGACGUUCAAGAGCUGCAAUGGAUAAAAUCUCCACAGGAGAUUUCAUGCACAUCACGGAACGACUUGCUUUCCACUGUCGGCGUGUAGAACCUAGGCGGUUGACACUUUUGGCCGAAAUUACCGCGGAAUUUAUCACUCUCUUUGAAGCCAAAUCUGGGAUCGCUGAAGAGACCUAUUAUGCACAAUGCAAAUUCUUCAACGUUACAAUUGGCCAUAUUGCUAGUCGUAUGGGCUCCGGGCCUCAAAAGCACAGGAUUUCUUCUGCAUACCUUUGGGAGGCCCUUCGUAUUUUGUUGAGAAUGUCUGGUGGCCUCCCAAAAGCCCUGCUGGUAGACCGAAACGGGUUUCAAGCUAUCAGAGCUGUACUAGCUGGGAUGCCUAAGAACAGAGACGACACACGCAACGUCAGGCGACAGUCAAAGGUUUGGCCGCCAUAUCUGCGGCCAGAGGACGGCAUUGACGAGGCCAUGGAGCCUGAAGAGAGCUGGUCCCGUGUUGUUCGGGCAGGGAUGAUGAUGCAGGAAGCAGGGUUUCCCAGAAAAGAGGUCGACGUUGCUCUGGAUGUUCUACAAGGCUUGGCUCAAGAUGGUACGCCCACGAUUCAGCAGCGGACGGCACUCGCCCCGGGCAGAGAGCUUUCGGUUUGGGCAGCAUCGAUCAAAGCGACACGAAACGCCUUCGAGGCAUGGAAGCUAUUCAACCAUCCACCCAAAGCUGGCAUGGAGCCUAAGGAAGACGAAUAUGCAGCUAUGUUCCAGAAACUAUAUGCCCGCAAAGCUGAUCCUGCGGAGAACACUUUGCCAGGAGACAAUACUUUAAAUUAUGAUACGCACGAAGAGACGAAUCUGACAGAGUUGGAAAAGCUGCGAUUGCAGCCCCCAUCGCCACGGGAACUAUUCGAGAUGAUGAAACAGAGCAGGGUGAAGCCGAACGAACAAUGUCUCUGCAUUCUGGUAACAAAUGCCGCGGGACUUGGUGCAGCUCACGAGUAUCUGAUGGCUGGCAGUACACAGCGGCACAACUACGACAACUUGAUAUCCCCACAGCCUACAGCUGAGAUGUUGAAGAACAUCCCCUUACCAGUGUUCUCAGCUUACACAAGUCUUCUUGCUAAAAUUCCCCAUCCUAAAAGCCAACACCUGGUACGCGCUAUUCGUAUUGCAGAGCUUCGUCUAAGCCGCAACAGUCAGAAUUGGGGAUCCUGGGUGUGGUCACCCAUUAUAAAAACCCUGUCGCAGCACCAUUCUGCAUUGAGGCUUACCUUCGAGGCACAACUCCGUUUGAUGCUAUAUCUUGCGAACCGUAUUGAUAAUUCCCAUGGGAUGGCUCUUUAUACCUUUCGGCGACUCACAAAAGCUGUGCGGAAGAUUAUAAGUUACAAGAUGGAGAUGCUAGCGGCCGCCGCGGAAGUUGACAGUCUUGAGUUGAACCCGCUUCAUGCUGUUUAUGACAGGUGGGGGGCUGGUGCUAAAAUUGAGAAAAAUGAGGACUUGUUGAAAAGCACAGCGGUAUCCAAGGUCAAGACGAUGGGUGCACGGCUGAAGAGCCUCUUCUAUUCACUUGUGGCCAAGGAGCGAGAGAUCUUGCGGCCGGGAGAGAGCAUUCAUCUGUCAGCCGUGGAUAUGAUGCGGGCGCGGGAAGACCCAGUGAUGGCGACCUACGCUCAUGACCUGAUGUUGGCACUGGCAUACACGGGGGAGUUUGGCGAGAUGGUGGAAUUAAUGAGGUGGCUGGUGCGAGAAUGGAGCUCGCCACGAGUACAGGAAGAGAUGGAGAACAUGGACGAGAUGCCGUACGACCUAGACAUGAUGGAAACGCUGUGCGCGUUCCGUGCGUUUGCGGAACCUAUGAUACCACGAAGUGAGCUAGCACAAGUUCAAGGCGAGAUUAUGCAGUCCAAUAUCUGGGACUGGCCAGACGAUACAGUUGUGCAGAGCUACAUUGAAGAGGGCAACGUAAGAGGCAAUCAAGAGCUGAGAGCAGUUCUCGAGUGGAUAUGUGCUCGGCCUGUUCAAGAGACUGUCGAGGUCGCUGAUGUCGACGACUUGGAUUUGGACUGGAAAGCGACUGAGAAGGGGGCUCUAGAACAAGAGCUUGAUAGCCAGGAAGAGAUUAGGAGAAUAGCCUUGCAAAGUAGCUAG